AUGUCUGGAGUUGAGGUGGCCGGCCUCAUUCUUGGGGCAAUACCAAUCGUGGUAGCUGCGCUGAAGACCUACAAAGAGACGAAGCAACGCUACAUCUGGUUCAUGAGCAAGGAGGCUUACAUCGACCGAUUGAUCCAGUCUCUCAACGAACAAGUCUAUUUUAUCAAAUCAGAUGUUGAAGUCGCACUGAGAUCGACGGACCUUGAACCAGAGAGCAUCAAGUCUAUCCUGACGGGCCCAGAUUUGAGUCCUUGGAACGACCAUGAGGUGGCAGACGCGAUACGGGAGUAUUUGGGCGAGGGAUUCGAGCUGUACUUGGAUGCGCUCGGGCGCUGCCAGGCCACGAUAUGCACCAUCAUCGCCAGCCUGAAUGGCCUUGUUUCGGGGACGAGCAAAAUCGUCCCUGCGGACCUCGUGGCGAUCAUUAAAAAUAUCUCGAGACCAAAUGGCGAGUUCGAAUUUCGCAAGAAGAUCAAGUUCGCGCUACAGAAAGAGGACAUUGACGCACAAAUAAAGGAGCUCGAAGCAACCACGAAGAUCCUUAGUCGUAUUAACAAACAAAGCACCAGAAAGGAAGCAGUGAGCCUUCAAGCUAGCUCUCGAGCUAUUACCAAGUUUGCCUCUACCCUUGCCACGAUCCGCGACUCUGCGCAACGCUUGUAUUCAGCGAUAUCUCGAGGAUAUCUACACACGUGUCAUGACCAACACGAGGUUCAGCUCUACCUGCAGACGCGAUCGACUUUGAUACAGGGGACAAAGCCAAAGACCCUCAAGAAGUCCUCACUGGGCUUUGAGGUGGCCUUCUGCGUUGCGGUGGAUGCGGGCUCGAAUCACGAUGCAUGGAGCUACAAGACCGAGAUACAAGUUACCGAAAGAGAAGAUGUAGAGGACGGUGGAAAUAGGCCCCCAAGCUCAAGCCCUCUUGAACCAAAUGCGAAGCCUGCUAUCACGUUCAGCCUAACAGACCAAGCGACCAAGACUACCGCCGCGCGCAACGAUAUCCACGAUCUCUGUUCUCUAUUGCAUUCUACAAGUAAAGGAGUUACUGUGCUUGAUAUACGACUAUUCGGCAAUGGAAAGCUCUGUUCAGUUGACAGCCCAGCAACCACGACGACAAUUAGUACUACGCGAGUUCCACACCCCAAGUCAUUUGUGACUCUUACGGAGCUCAUCAGCGGUGCACACCCAACUGUUCCUGAUCUCAACCAUCGGAUAGCCCUAUCUUACAACGUUGUGUCGGCGGUAAUGCAGCUUCACUCGACCUCAUGGCUCACUCUCCCACUUGCCAGCUCUUCCAUUCAUUUUAUCCCCGAGCCGCUCAAGACUCACAAACAACCAGGUCGGAAACAAAAGUACCUCCCAUUCAUCAAAGCCGUCUUUGAAAGCUGCACCACGCCUUGUACGACAUGCCACUACAGCACCAGAGACUCAAUGCUCGAACUCGGUAUCCUCCUCUUCGAACUUUGGCACGCCCAAUCAAUCGAGGUUUUCGCGGCCGACAAUGGGCUCAAGCUCACCAAGAGCUUUGGUUCCAGAUACGAGGUCGCUCAGAAAUGGAUUGCACAUAGCGAAGACGAAGGAGACAUGAUGCCAUUCUAUCUGGAAGCCGCAACGCGCUGCAUCGAGUGCACGUUCACUACUGCGACGGCGAAACCGGAUUGGAACGACUUUACCUUUCAGAAGUCUGUCUGUCAGUAUGUUCUCAAGCCGCUACUGGAUAUAUGUCCGGCGAAAUAUCGAUAA